AUGCUUCGUGCAAACCAUCACCGUCUUGCUCGCGAUUUAUCUGACUUGUUUCCCUUCGCCGACCCUUCAAAGCCAAGUAGUCCACCUGCAGGUGGAGACGGUGGGAAUAAGAGCAAUAGCGCUCCUCCCCAACAACCCAGUUCAUCACCCCCCGCCCCAAGCUCCACUCCUUCCAAGGGCAAUAACAAUAAUGAUGGGAAAGAGCAGAACAACAAUCAGAGUUCAAGCCCUCCGCGCUCGACGACAACAUCGACCCCAGAACCAGCAUCAAAGACGUCUAAUUUGACGCAGUCGACUUCGACUCCCCCACCCUCGUCGGCGUUGCCAUCUAGCACCUCUCUUAAGCCUUCUAGCACCUCCAAGACGACUCCCAUUGUGGCUGGAAAUAAUGUCAAGUCCCAAACCGACAGAUUCUCAACUCCCGUCGGCGACCUGGGAAGCAUGACCACUGCUCCUGGAAUAUCCGAAUCCCCUUCGUCUAACCCAGUCGGCGCUUCCGGGGACAUCAACGUUGGUGCUGUCAUCGGUGGUGUUGCUGGCGGUAUUGCCGCUGUUGCAUUGAUAUUCUUCGUCUGCAUGUUCUUCAUCCGCCGAAGACGCAACAACAACAGCGACGAGUUUGACCCCGUCUCAUUCCGCAAAUCGGCUUCAAUGAUGAACGAAACUUCUGACCCGUUCAACCCUCGUCCUCCGACCAUGAUUGAGCGCAAACUUACUGGCCAUAAUGUUGCCCCAUCGGUGUCCAGUUUCCAAGGAGCUAACAUGGCUGGCGCUGGUGCUUACAGCGGGCACGGUUCAGACGAAGGACAUCAAUAUGACGUAUAUCAGCAACAGCCCUACCAAGCCCACCAGCCGAUCCAACCUCGUCAGCAGUACACCUAUGGUCAAACUUACGAUAACGGUGCCUACGGACCAGAAGGCUCUGACCACGGCCAUGAUGUGGAAUAUAAUGGUCCUUAUAGUUCUGAGCCUCAUGCUCAAGACAUUUACGCUGCCGAGGCGUAUGCCUACCCCCACGAUGAUCAAGUCGUUGUCAGUCCUGGCAUGCACUCACAGGAAAUGGGCCACUACAACCACCAGCAACAGCAGCAUGACGCUUAUGGCGGAAUGUAA